UAAAUACUUAUGGCAUUAUGUGAGCACAUUAGUUGCACGAGGUGAUGAUGUAGGCCUAUUGAGUUGAUUCUCAUAAACUGUACCACUGAACACUAAAGCUGUGAUUUGCCAGCAAUUUUGUGUUAUUCGUCUGUGUUUUAGUCCCGGUCAUAAUAGACGUCAUUGUGCCUGCUUCCCUUGUGAGUGAAUUGGGAUGCACUGCAUGGUUGAGGUUAGGCAGCAGUGGCUGGCUGUGUUGUUUCUGUACAGACCACCAAAGCACCCGUGAGAAGCCAGGAGGUCCUGGAUCACCAGAGGAAGCCAGUGGCAUGUCUUCUACCCCUCUGGUUCUCAGGAUGCAGGAUGGGUUGAUCAAUAGGACCGCCUGCCUGUGUCUAGACCCAACCAGCUGCUUUGGACCAUACCUCAAAGGAGAGGCUUGGAUUUCUUGGGAAACUUUUCCUUCUUGUACACUGUGAGCGGCCAGUCAGCCAGCCACGCAGCUCUCUGUUGCUAUGGAUGCCUGUGCUCGUAUUAGAGGAGUCCCAAUAAGGUCCAGGGCCUCAGUACGGAAAGAGACUGUGCGUGACAGUGGGGCACAGUAUGUGAAGAGCCUCUUUAGGAAUAAAAAAGAGCUGUGCAGUGUUGGCCUAGAGCUGCCAACCAGAGACACCACAAGACUGACAGAGAUUAAUUUUGUGUGUCUGCCUGGUCAGUGUGAAGGGGAGGAUGUCACCCAACAGGCUCUAACAUCUCUGCCAGUGGGACUGUGUGAGCUUCUCAGGUCACUCCACGUUCACGGUCUCAAGAAUGAUGAGGUUCUGCUGCUCAAAGACUCCCGCAGGCUGGCAGAGCACAAAGACACUGGGCCUCAGUGUUGGUUAAAGGCUGUGUGUGUGCUGAGGCAUAAUCCCAGCACUAGCAUCUAUCCUCAGGCCAGUGUAGCAUCUUUGCUGGGCUUGCUGGGGUGCUACACGGCAGGUGUCCGCUAUGCUUUGGAGCUUCAGGCUCUUCAGAGGGGCACAGCUGAGCCCAGUCAGCCAGAGGAAGAUGACACCAACCAGUCAGUCUCAUCAAUCGAAGAUGACUUUGUCACAGCCCUGGAGCAUCUGGAGGAGGAUGACACAGGAGACAAUCCCUCAGCAGUUUCCUAUCGUCAUUUUAAAAAGCGUGAUGUGGCAUCACAGACAAUCCCAGCCCACAAGAGAAGAAAAGAAUUAUCAGGCUCUCGUGUUAUCAUAAGCUCAUCUUCGAAGAAGUACUCAGUCAAACAUAGGUCGGGUCCAGAUGUAUCUGUCACAGUGCAGCGGUCAUCAGGUGUGGAAUCCCAGUGGACUUACUGUAGUCCCGGAGCUCGUCACCCCUCGCCUUUGAUUCAUGUCAGUGAAUCAGAAGAGUCAGACUGCUCCAGCCCCAGUCCAAUCAUUUUCCUGGAUGAGGUGGGCUACCAGAAGAGCCUGUUGGCCAAGCUGGACAUCCCCCAGGUGCCAGGAGGGCCCAGAGAUCGAGUUGAAGACUCAGACUCUGAAGUCAGUGAAUUCUUUGACAGUUUUGACCAGUUUGAUGACCUGGAGGAGCUGAGCUCAGAGAGCUGUACUCUUGCACUGCCUCUGGACACCAUCAGUGCCCCAACCACACAGAAGAAGUCAGCUGACUCUAUCACGGGUGGGUCAGCAUCCAAAUAUGUGUCUAGGGGCUGCUCAACCAAGGGUAUGAAUCCUCAUCGCUUUGACCAACCCACUCUCCCAGCCAAUGUGAAAAAACCCACUCCCCUGAAACCAGGCUCUCCCUACUCACUUCACUCUGAGGUGCCUGACUCCCCUCGACCUGUGCAGACCCCCUCUGAGGAGAAUGGUGGCCCACUCUUCAGUCCUGUCAGCUUCUCAGCCUUCAGCCCUCUGGUGGACUCUAGUGGACCACUGGAAUACUUUUGGGAGACGGAUGAGGAUGGACAGGACAGCUCAGAGCUACGUAAACCCCAGGAUCUCUGCUCUCUGUAUAAGACCUACUCAGACUUUGCCAGCAGUCUGUCUAAAGAGAUUCUGGGAUCUGUGUGUGGCUACCAGUCUGCCGUUGAUAUCAGUGAAAACAAGAAUCUCAGCUGUGUCUGCCACAAGGAAUUCAAGAAUCCUUCGGGUUACCUGAUGAAGCUGUCAGAAAUACAAGAGACUGUAACAGUGGACAAGCUACAAAAGAAGUCUCAUUCUCUGAAGGAUGGCAUUCAGAGGUUUGCUACUGAUCUUGUGGAAAUGAGCCUGGGCAGUGCCUUGCGAGACCUGCAAAAAGGUGUAUCCUCCUGUACCACCACUUUGUGUCACUUAGCUGCUAGGCUCACCUCCUCAGUGUUUCAGAUGGCCUUCCAUGAGAUUGGCAUGCGCCACGCCUAUGUGUUGAAGGAACGAGCAAUCAAUGGAUUAGCUGGCUUCCUGGUCGGAGAGGCUGUGUCUGGGGCGCUGAAAGAGUUCCUAACGGUAAAAAAGCAGAUUUUCCACAGCACAGUGACACGUUUCGCCGCUGAUCUGGCUGAAGAGCUUGUGUUUGAAGGCAUUAUGGAAGUGUGUCAGUUCUCCCACCCCUCAACCCCUCUGACCCCUAGUGAUUGGUCCUUUGGCCACAGGCAAGAGGAAGAGGAAGAGGAGGAGGUGGUUUCCUCCUAUGCUUCAGAUUUGUCAGAGUCUGUUAUCCAGGAGGCCUUCAUAGAGCUCUCUCAGGCUGAUGUUGCCUUCACUAGCCAAGCAGCUAUUAGUGUGUCUUUGGACAACAUCUGUUAUGUCAGUGCAGAGAACACUAGCACUCGCACCUGCAGUACCUUUGCUAACCAACAGAUUUUAAGUGCCAGUUCGGCUGCAGCGGCUCCAGGUCCUUCAGGAGAGGAUUCUACCUGCACAGUAAAGAAAGCCCUGUUCACUGUAUCAGGCAUGGCCAGCUGUAUUCCUGUGCCCCAAGCAGGCCAAGCCCUCUCCCACCUCGAGGAUUCUGAGGAGACCUGUCAGUAUAAGUCUAGCUCAUCAGAUACCCCACAGGCCAGUCCCAAAAGAGUAACUGUAUCCAACUCUGACACCACCACAUCUACACAGACUCACCUGUACAGUCAUGGAACUCAGACCCCCAUACCUGGAGGAGACCCUUCUCAAGGAAAGUCCCCAUUCCAAAACUUCUCUGGCAACAUGGUGGAUAUGAUAGUAACUGAGGCUUGUGAGCUAAUAACUGCUUCUAAGAUGAAGAAGAGUUUUGGUGACUGUGCUGAUUUCUUUACAAAGACAAUCGGAAGCCGAAGGGGUUCGUCUUCUAAGCAUGAGACACUAAAUUAUGAGCCUCCAGACUCCCCUUCAAAGCAGGGAGCUGGCAGGGAGUGUCUUAAAUAUGAUUGUAGAGAUUCUGCCUAUGUAAGGAAGGGUGGCCCUGUUGAACAAACAGCAGACCUUAGCAUUCCUCACAUUUCCUUUCAGUCAGGCUCUCAAAACCAGGGGAGAGCCAGCUGUGAGUUAGAUCCUAGUACCAGAGGUGUGGUUGAAACACAUCCUGUAAUGAUGCAUACGCUUGACGUCCCGGGCACUGAGAUGGGUGGACAAAGGAGGAUAUCUGUUCCUGCAGAUGACUCAACUCCAGGCUCUGGCCAAAAAUCUGGUGAGACUCCUGGAACUCCUCCUUCUACCCCUCAGCAACCCAGUGAGGUGUCCAAGGAGAAACAGAUAAAACAGUUCUCCAAGAAGCUGAAAAGCAAGCUGGCCAAGGAAUUUUCCCCUGCCACUCCCCCUCCCACCCCUCACUAUCAGCCUGAGCCUGGCCCAGGGCCAAAAGACAUCACCCCUGAGGCAGACAAGGCUGAGUUUAUGCUAAAACUGAUGAGGUCUCUCUCUGAGGAGGCAGAUGGCAAUGAGGACGAAGAGGAGGAAGAAUUGGCAGAAGAGGGUGGUGUUGGUGGCACUAGCAGAUCUUCAGAGACAGGAGGUGGCAGGCAUGAUCCAAACCAGAUUUCUGCUCGCAGAAUGUCCAACAAAGAAGCUUUCCACUAUGCCGAGCGGUUGGCUUGUCACAUUGUCUCCAUGGCAACAGAGAUGGACACCCUGGGAGUGGCAGAGGAGGAAGGAGAUAUGAGUAAGGGCAGCGAGAGAAGGAGAGACAGUGUGGCUCAGUUCUCAGAGCAGACGCUGAACACCUUGUGGGUGUAUGCAGGGGAGGUGGCAGGAGAGGUGAUCAGUGAUGUGAAGAGGAUGGUGAGCUCCAGACAGCAAUGUCCAUAUCACAGAGCUCUCAGAAGAAGAAGUUUUGACAGAUCUAGCUCUGAAUGUUUGCAUCACCACCAACACCAGUCUCAAUCCAGUACAGAACACAAUAGAGACUGGAGGGUAGGGAGGCUGGCUGAACAGUGGUCCAGUGACCUAAUAGCCUCUGUCUUUCGGUCACCCACCUCCACUUCAAGCACCAUCUCCAGUUCCAGCUCCGGCCUGUCCUCUGAGUAUCCCAGCUGUGAGAGUGUGACAGAUGAAUAUGCUGGCUACCUCAUCAGGGUACUGAAAAAGGAGGGAGGUAGUAGGGAGUUGGUCCUAGACCAGUAUGCGAGCCGUCUGGCCUAUCGCUCUAUAAAACUAGGCUUAGCUCAUGCCAGUCGCAAGAUCAAGCAGAGAUCCUCAAGCACCCGCCUUCACUCCUCCAGGUCACUGCCAGAUGAAUGGAAAGCUUCUGGUAGUGAGGACUCAUCACCCAAGGACAGAGCAGAGUCGGUGGUUUGUCCCUCAGGCAAGGACGCUCAGUGUUGUUGCAGGGACUCUGAAGAGCAGAGUCAGAGGGAGUACAUGGAUCUAGUCAACUUUGCAGAGUCUUUAGCUUACAACAUCACCUGUGAUGUCACACGCAAGCUGCAUCUUUCCUCUGUACGACUGCCCAAGUCUCUCACUGACUCCUGUCUUUAUAAGAAAUCCAAACUUGAAGACAUGGCAGAGAAUCUCAUCAGGAACUCCUUCUCCUGCCCCCUGUUGUCCAAGGAGGGUAAGAACAAGCAUUAUCACAGUACAGGAAGCCUGUAUGAUGGAGGCUACAGCAGUAGGGUGAUGCAGGUCAUCGAGCAUUAUGCCAGGAAAAUAGUUGAUGACACUUUGAAGAUGAGCCUGGCUUCAGUUGGACAUUCAUCCCGGGAGCAUCAGAGGACCCAAGGCCAUGAAAGACACUCUCACACCCAGAGGCUGUCAGAGGGGCCAGCAGUGGGUCAAGCUCUGGGGGAGAGGCCAUGCCGUUACUGUCAGGUCCAGGAGUGCCCAUACUGUACUAAACAUAGCAGGCACUACCAGCCUGUACUACAGAGGAGGAAAAGGGGGCCAGAAUGUCAGGCAAGGGCUGAGCGGCUCUCUAGCCUGGACAUUCCUAAGAUCCACAUUGACCUGGACCAUAGGGCUGCGUUUGCAGAGGAGAUGGUGUCCAUGGCAAUGGAGACAGCUAAACGUGAGCUGAGCAACACCAGCCUUAAUGCCGACAGUGGCAUCGGUCAUGACGGAACCAGCUAUGCUGAGAGCCUGACUGCUGAGAUCAUGACAUCAGCUCUGUCCAACAUCUGCCAGGCAGCCAGCAUCAGCUCUCCAGGAAGGGAAGCCACUGAGUCCACUGUGUCCCAGCAGCUGAGCGUAGGAGACGACAGUCUGGGCAGCUGGUCUAACCUGAGCUUUGAGGAUGAGCACCCAGAUGACAACAGCAGCUUCCUCCACCUCAGUGACAGCAGCAAUGGGAACAGCAGUAGCUGGAGCAGUCUGGGCCUAGAGGGGGAGGCGUGUGAGGAGCGCAUGUCAUUCUCCCCCUCUGACAGUGACAAUACAGAGGACAAGGAGACUGAGGUCAAAGAGGAAUCCAGUGGGACUCUCUGUGUGGACCGGACUCAGGUGCAGGCUUCCAGGAUUGCACUGGUCAUAGUGAACACGGACGUCAGGGAGCUCAGGCGUGGCCCUCAACACGUGACCCUCGACCCCCAGCUCAGGAGCAUGCUGCAGUGGGUGGCAGCCUCCAUGGCAGACAUUCCCCAGAUCCAGCUGAGUCCUGACAGAGAGCUCCAGCAGCUCCCAGCAGUGGUCCAGAGGCUUCGGGAGAGGAAGUGGAGGACGGGAGACCUGCUGCACACGCUGCUGCGUUACUGUGAAGAGAGUCAGCUGUAUGGCCAGUCCCAGGCCAAAGAGGAGGCACCCCUGGCAGCCAGAGAACCACACCGCAUCCCCCUCUUCCAGUGGCUCCUGGAGCACACCUAGAGCCUCUCCUCUCCUCUCCUCUCCUCUCCUCUCCUCUCCUCUCCUCUCCUCUCCUCUCCUCUCCCCUCCCCUCAUCACUUCCUUCCAAACAGGGCUUUGCAAACUCUACAGCCCCUAGAGGGCACCAUACAAAUCAGAUGAUCCGACUUACUCAUAAAUGUGGGCGGUUUGUGUUUUGCAUUGCAUGCUGUGAUCAAGAGUACUUCUGAUGUAUUUUAUUUUUCUUUCCACCUUCUGUUUUGUUGUUGCAGUUCUAUCACUUAUCAGGCUGCGUAUAUCAUGUGUUGAUGUAGUGAGCUGUCUUUCUCGCCCGCCUACACUUCUGAUUUGAAGCCCUCACACCUUGCUGUUGUUGUGUUUGAGCUACAGAAGGAGAAGGAGAGAGGAGAGAGAGACCCACCCCAUCUGUUCCAGACAGAGACAGAAGUGCAGUGAGUUGAGAGAAAGAGAAUGUGUUUUAUGUUAGGGAAUCCCCGAUGAUGUCAACACACCCUCAACUCACCUCUGUGGUGGUGUUUCCACAUGUUAAGAGACCAACUGUGCGCGCGCGCACACACACACACACACACACACACUACAGCUCACCACACCCUUGUAUUAUCAGAAGGAAUCCAAGAUACGCUCAUCAACAUCCAACAAUUAUUCCCCUAUAGUAUUUAUUGUAUUAAUCCACCCAGAAUUACUGUGCUCACAGUUUGCUAGAGUGAAGUGUUUCUCUGGAGCACUGAAUGAGUUAAAUGCACGUAUACUGUGUACUAUGCUGUCAUUUUGCAUUGAUGAUCUAUUGGGCCAUUUAUAUGGCAGUAGAAUGAUAAAAAGCACUUGAUGAAGUUGCCUCUUGCCAGUAUUGGUACUCUUGUUUUAUCUAAAACCGUGACACUGCUUGCCUAGCAACAAUCUCCUUAGUUGUCAAACUUAGUAAAAUACUUUGAGUGGAUGAUGUUUACCAGGGCGGUGUUUUUUAUGUUUUUUUUUUUAAAGUAUAUUUUGUGAAGGUAGAGAAUCUAAUUGAAGAUGAAAUGCUGCUCAGAGCGAUGAAAGAAGCCAUGAUAUUGGCUUAAUGUUGCCAAAUGUAGCUUAUAAGGAGACCCCCUCCCUCCAGUCAGUUAUUAAUGUAUGAUACAUUUACUGUCAGUGGCCCACGUUCAGGGGAAGAUCCAGUGACGCAAAUAGUGGAUCUUUCAGUAAUUAAAGACACCGGUCCAGUCUGCACCUCCAAAACCACAAACUAAAAGCAUGUUCAUGGCUCAACCCUGGACUUACACAUUGUGUCACCCACACUCCCCAGUCACCUUGUGGAAUGAAGGACUCUGAAUACCACAACUUCCACAUAGCACUACUCCUCCAACGCACCCUGUCCUUACUCACCAGUCCCCAUGUGUAUGUUCACACGCACAGCACUACCAGCUACUUGCUGAGAUGCACUUUUGUUUUUUUGUUUUUGUUUUUUUCGUUUGUUUUGUUUUGGAUUUGACCAAGGAGAGACUGGGCGUUUCCAGCCCUGACCUCUCCUGACCUGGCCUCUCUUUGUGAAUUUACUCCAGCGUGGUCGGUCUGCUCUGCAGUCAGUCACAUGCACAGUACCCAAAACCAAUCUACCCUCCCUCCCCGAAGAAUGAUUAUUGGGAUACAUUUUGAUGUUUGUAUUUAUUGUUUCUUUCCUUUUUUUAAUGAGGGACCUAAGGAUGACAUGAUGCUGUGAGGUCCUCAAAUUUAUAUCAGAACUUUUCCUUCUUGAGUUUGAAACACUGUAAUAUACCACAGCCUUGCAUCUAUUAUUCUAAACUAAGUGUUGUUGGUGGUGUUCACCUGCAUGGCUGAAUUUUCAUUGACUUUUAAAGCUCAGCAUUGUUCUUCUUAAUGUAUUGGCCUACACUAAUUGAGCCGCAGUGAUUCGUUUGUGUCCACACUGCCUAACAGUAUGCUAUAGGCCUCUGCAGAUGCCUUGUCUGUUACUGCUUAACCUCUAGGCUGCCAAAUGGUCAUAUACUCUUAAAGGUGUUUGUCCUGUAUGAUUUGUUUACACACAAAAAUCAAUUAAUCACAAAAUCCACUACUUAAAAAAAAAUCCAAAGUGAAACAAAGUUAUACCUACUAUUAUAAUAAUAGUAGAGAGGAAGACAUAGUGAAGUAUUAACCUGAGAAGUGAGAGAGUGCAAAUAUAUUGGUUUACAUUAAAGGAAUGUAUUAAGAGUCAUGGACUUGACACAUGAAGAGAGCGCACCACAGUGUACAAAUUGUCGCCCAGUGUGAAUGUUUAGUUGUUCAAGUAGAACUUUCCCAGUUUUUUCCACCCCCUCUACUGUUUUCUUUCUUUAUCUACAUUACAUUCCUGUGCAUCCCAGAUGACCUAUAGCGCUAUAUUGUUGUGUUUGUGAAAGCUGAAUGUGUACCUGCAAAGACUGAACUCCAUUUAGAAGCAGAUGCUGUAAAUCUGUUUUGCUACUGUUGUUUCCCAGUGUUACUUUCAGCCUCUCUCUGAUCACACACAGGAAUAUAUAUAUAUAUAUAUAUAUAUAUAUAUAUAUAUAUAUAUAUAUAUGUAAAACGAGAAAGAGAGCAAGAGAGAGAGAGAGAGAGAUGUACCUCACCUUCACUCACUUCUGUAUUUUUCCUGCUUCCUUGUAAAAUCCUGCCAAAUAAAGAUAUUUAAUAAAUUAUGUAAGUUAUAUAACAGUGAGUUCACUACUUGUUCUCCCCAAUGGCAUUGCUGAAUAGUUUACAAUGAAGUCAGAAACUCUAAAUUUGUUUAUGUUAAAGCUUGGUGUGACAAUAAAGCUUUUUCAUGUGCUCUUA